AUGACAUACGGUUUUCUCUCUGUGUUUCAGUCUCGGCAUCUGAAGCAGGAGGAGGCUUUGAGGAACCAGGAAGUGCAGGGUCUGGAGCAGCAAAGGGUGGAUCUGCUCCAGGAAGUGGCUCGGCUCCAGACCCGAGUAGACGAGCUCAGAGACGAACUCGUGACUCAGAAACGAAAGCAAGCGGCGAACAUCAAGGACCUGACAAAACAGCUGACUCAGGCUCGGAAAAGAUUGGAGCAAGUGGAGAACGGAGGCUGCGAUCGCGACGCCGGCAGCAUGGGCAGUCGGUCCAGCUCUUCAGGUAUCAAUCAUCAUCACGGCUCUUUGAACGUUCGGCACGGCGGCGGCGGCGGCGGCGUGGACGAGCGGCCCGAGAGCCAGUCUGUCGUGGUCACGGACAGUUUCCCCGAAGUGGACAAGGCCGUUCUGGUCGAGCGCAUCGUCCGGCUGCAAAAGGCUCUGGCCCGAAAACAGGAGAAGAUUGAGUUCAUGGAAGACCACAUCAAGCAGCUGGUGGAGGAGAUACGCAAGAAAACAAACCGCGCUGUCUUCGCUCUGGUCUCUGCCCGUCGUCUGCAGACUCCUAAUAAUGCAGUGAUUUGUGACAAACUUCUGUCAGAGCUGUUUAUAGUUGAGUGGACGGAGGGCACAUGA